GUCAAACUGGGGAACGAAAUGUCAUCAUCCGCUAUGGAAAAACAUUUAUUUAAUUUAAAAUUUGCUGUGAAGGAGUUAGAACGGAAUUCAAAAAAAUGUGAAAAGGAAGAAAAAAUUGAAAAAGAAAAGGCGAAGAAGGCAAUACAAAAGGGUAAUAUGGAGGGUGCUAGAAUUCAUGCAGAGAAUGCAAUACGACAAAAGAAUCAGGCGCUUAAUUAUCUACGCAUGUCUGCAAGAGUUGAUGCUGUAUCAAGUAGAGUGCAGACAGCUCUUACUACUAGAAAGGUCACAACAUCAAUGGCGGGUGUUGUUAAAGCAAUGGAUGCAGCAAUGAAAUCAAUGAAUUUAGAAAAAAUUUCAAACCUAAUGGACAAAUUUGAGAGUCAGUUUGAGGAUCUUGAUGUACAAUCAUCAUACAUGGAGAAUGCUAUGUCACAAACCACAACAACUACAGUGCCUCAGGGUGAUGUUGAUAAUCUUUUGCAGCAAGUGGCAGAUGAAGCUGGUUUGGAGCUCAACAUGGAACUGCCUUCUGGAAUACCAAGUACCUCUAUUGGAACAGCAACAGUUGUGUCACAGGAACAAGAUGAGUUAACACAGAGACUUGCUAGAUUAAGACAGGCUGAAUAAUAUAUACUUGUACAGAUCUUUUUUAAGUCCACUAUGUGAUACAGGCAAUAAAAAUAUGAGGUCUACAACAGACCCAAACCAUUUGGACUACACAUGUUGUAUUGUGGAACAACCUAUUUAUAAAUUUUUUAACAGUGUAUAUAAAUAUCCUAUAUCUAAAUAUUAAAACCAUUUUAAAAUCAACUAAUUUGGACUUCUAAAAGUUUAGUACAAAUGAGUAAAGUCCUUAUUCUAUAAAAAAGAUUCUCUAAAGUAACUGGCUGGACAAAUGAAUCUACUAUGUAAUAAUUGCAUAUUUAGCUUAUAGAUAAAAAUGUUUGGUUCUGCGCACUAAUUUUUUUCCUUUUAAGGUAUAAAAAGUUGCAAUGCUAAAAUCUUUACAAUUUAGGUAUACAAUUAUCCAAUAGGUUAAAUUAUGUCUAAUUUUUCACUUAAAAUUUGUUUUAAUUAUAAAGAGUCUAAAGCAGUUAUUAUCAAUAAUAAAAAUAUAUCAAAUAACAAUUUAUUUGAUAAAUAAAAUGAUUGUCUAUAUGGGAAUUAGUAAAAUAUAUGCAUCCUUUUACAGUUAUCUAUAGUGACUUCAUUCCACAUUACUGAUUAUAACUAAAAACUUACAUAGAAUUA